AUGGCAGAGAAUGAUGAGGAUGUAUGGCGGAAAUUAUCAUCUUACGACAAAGUUUGCCACAAAAACUGGAAGGCUAGAAAAGCGGGCUACGAGGAAUUGCUAAAGGAAAUUCCCUCUUAUGCACUAGAACCUGAAAAGGCAAAGAAAUACUGCCCCUUAUUGAAAGGCUUCGUCACCGAGCAAAAUGAGCUGAGUCGGAUGAUUUCAUCAGAAGUAGCCAAAUUGGUGCUCGAUUAUGCAACGACAAAAGAUGCGGCAAAGCAUGUGUCGGCAGUUUGCGAUGGUAUCAUUUCGAAGUGCUUCAGCUCGAAACCCAAAACCAAAGAAAACGCGAUAGAAUGCUGCCAACUGCUUAUUGAACACGAAAAGGCCGAUGAUGUGUGUUCGAGUUUGCUUUCGGGGACUCAAAACAAGAACCCAAAGAUUGCCGUUGCCUGUGUGGAGGCCCUCACUGCGUGUUUAUCUUCAUUUGGAUCGAAAAUCGUCCAACUGAAAGCGUGCCUCGCGGAGAUGCCAAAGCUCUUCCAACAUCGAGAUAAAAACGUGCGAAAUGCAACGAAAGAUUUCUUCGUUGAGGCUCAUUGCUGGAUUGGUGCACCUGUUAAACACGCUUUGGAACGAGUUCCGAAGAUCGAGCAAAGUAUAAAAGAGUGCGAAGACGCUUGGAAGGACCUUAAAUCAAAGUCUAAGCAGAAAAGGUUCUUCAAAAGUCAGCAAGCUGAGAGAGAAGCCGCUCAGGCUGAGUCGGAGGACGAAGCCGAGGAGGAUGAUAAUGAUGAGGAGGAAGUGGAAGUCGACGCUUGGGAGUUCGCUGAAGAAGUCAACUUCCUGGCUGAGCUUGGAAAAGCACGCUUCGGAGAAGAUAAGAUCGACGCGGGAGCAGCGAUGGCUUCCAAGAAAUGGAAGGAGCGCGGAGAAGCCCUCGAUAAAAUGGCACUCAUUUUAAUGCUGGAGAAAGGGAAUCCGAUUAAACUUGCAUCUGGGGAGUAUCAAUCUGUCAUGACUGAUCUGAAAACGCUCAUAAAGAAAGACACAAAUGUUCUGCUGAUCAUCAAAGCGUUCAAAAUCGUCAAACGAAUGGCAGAGGCAAUGAGAGAGUCCUUCAAGAACUUCGGGCCGUUAAUUCUACAGGAAGUCCUUGCUCGCUUCAAAGAGAAGAAAGUAACAGUUCUUGAAGCUGCUCGGGAGGCUGCAGACGCUGUUGCGAAGACCAUCAAGUUUCCUGAUGCUAUUAUGGACCGAGUGAUGGAGUCUUUGGAGGAUAAGAAUCCAGGAGUACGCGCCGAGACGAUGUUGUUUUUGUACCGCUGCUCAAAGCCGAAAAAGGUUAUCUUCCCAAAAGCCUUCAUCAAAGAAUUCAUGGCGAAGGUGACGAAAAACAUCGAACACUCUGAUAAAAAUGUCCGAGAUGGAGCCUAUAAAAUGCUUGCUGUAAUGAGCACUAAGUUAGACGUGAAGAUAAUGAACACGUUCGUCAGCGAUUUCAAAGAAGAUAGAAUGAAGCUUUACCAAGGCGCUGUAGAGGAACUCAAAGGUGCCCCUAAAGAAGCCCCAGAGAAAAGCCCUGUGAUAAAGAAAGCUCCUGUUGCAGAGAAAAAGGAAGUCAAAAAAGAGGCACCUAAAGGCUCCAAGACUGCAACAAAGGCCAAAAAUCCGUCGAAAAAAUUUACAGCGAGCAAAAAGGAAGAAGUGACCGAAGUGUCUGGUCCACCAGCAGAAGCAGACAUGGAUGAAGAUUCCGCUGUAGAAGCUUGCAACGGCUUAUUCGGAGAAGAAACCGUCAAGAAAGUCCAAGAGAAAAACUGGAAAAUUCGACUUGAAGGCUUACAAGAGGUUACGGAUAAACUUAACCGAUUUGAACCCCAGGAACUUAAAACGCAGGCCAUUUAUAAAGUCUUAUCGCUCGCCCCUGGCUUCAAAGACACCAACUUCCAGUGCAAUCAGGAAAAGUUCAAAAUCAUACGCACUGCCGCGCAAAACCCCAAACUCUCACAAACUUCUAUCAACAUUGUUUUCAAUUACUGUCUCGACAAAAUCUCGGAUGUCAAGUGUGGAGUGCUAGCGAAGGAAGCUUUAUCUGGUAUGGCCGACAUCGUUAGCUUAGCUUACAUGGCAGAACGAGUGUUACCUGCUGGAAAUAAGCUGAAGAGCGUGAAAAACGUUGCAGAAUGCUGGGCAUGGUUUGCAGACGCUUUACCACAGUUUGGCUUCGGAAAGUUGGAUAUCAAAAUGUUCAUUGAUCAAUCCAAUAUCGCCCUUGCUCACUCAAAUGCAGGAAUAAGAACGAAGGCGAUUGAAGCAAUCGCCUCUGUUUUGCGCUUUGUCGCACCUUUGAGAGCCAAGUAUGAUGACCAAAAAGAUGCGAUCAAGACACAAAUCGACGAUGCACUCAAAGCCUUCGAUGGACCUCCACCUCCGCCAACGAGAGGUCCAGUGCUCCAGGCCGCUCUGAAAGUAGGUCCAGGAGGUGACGGAGAGGCCGAUGAGAAUGCUGAAGCUGAUGAGGAUGAUCAAGACGAUCUCAUUCCGCGCACCGAUAUUUCUUCCCAAAUUACAUCCUCCCUCCUUGAAAUGAUGGAGGACAAGAACUGGAAAAUGCGAAAAGAAGCGCUAGACACAACAAAGGCAUUAUUUGAGAAAAAUAAAUUCAUCACAGACAGUCUUGGAGAUCUUCCUGCAUCGUUGAGCAAGCGGUUCACUGAUGUCAACAAAGUCCUCGUUCAGACAUCCUUUGACAUCGCAAUUCUUAUUGCAGCUGCUCUCGGCAAAAAAGGCGCAAAGACUCACAUUAAGUCCUUCGUUGUUCCUCUAAUUGGCGCAUUAAACGAUUCGAAGGUUCAAAUCAGAGAAAAGGGCGCCGGUGCACUUUCGUCUUGGCAUGAGCUCGUCCCACUCAGAUUCUGGUUUGAUGAUGAAGCAAUUGCAGGUCUUCUGGUCGAUGCCAAAAAGAUUCACCUGCGGUACACGUUUCUCGGUUGGCUAGCAGAUAAGCUACCAGACGAGAAAAAAAUCCCAAGAGCAGGCAUAGAGGCUUGUCUGCCCCAUGUGUUGGCGUGUAUGGAAGAUCGUGACGGAAAAGUGAGAGAUGCUGCUCAGAAAUCGCUUCUUGGUUUCAUGAUUCACACGAGUUAUCAAGCUAUGGUUAAGUUGGCCAAGUCUCCUAAAACACGCGAUGAGCUUGACAAGGCGAAAGAGUUACUCCCGAAAGCACCAGUACGCGUUGUUCAGGCGGAGGUUAUUGAUGCUGGAGAUAUAAUGUCGGCGGCAUCUUCAAAGCCUAAAAAAGCUAAGAAAAAAGCCCCUGUUCAGGAAGCCGUUGAGGAUGAACCUGUUGUCGAACAAGAGGAACCCAAGAAAAAAACUACUGUUAAAAAGAAAGCACCUGCUAAGAAAAAGAUCGGCGGUAAAAAGGUCGAGGAAGAAGAUUACGGCGAUAUUAUCACUGGCACUGAAAAAGCAAAGAAUCAAAGAAUAAAAGAAGACUCUAAGCUAAAGCUUCUAAAAUGGCACUACGAUCCCGGAACUGCUUGUCGAAAAGAACUUAUCGAGCAACUUAGCAAGCAAAUAAGCGAAAACUUUGGAUCUAAAUUUGCGCCCUUGAUGCAGAAGAAUGACUCCACUGCUCUUGCAAAAGUGAUUGGCAUAUUAGAACCCCAGCCACUUGAGUCAAUAAUUCCCGUACUUGAUAUUAUAACACGAUGGAUGACAAUCAGGAUGAAUGAAAAGAACACGACUAUCUUGACAAAAGUUCUUUCAUGGCUUUCUGACCUGAGCGAGAAGCUAAAAGAAGCAGAGUAUGAGAUGACUCCUUAUGAAUCUGUUGCGUUCCUGCCUCAUCUUAUCAGCAAACUUGGUGAAUCUCGACAGGAAAUCCGCUCAGUAGUGCUUUCUACGCUCGUUGCGUUAGAAGACAGCUGCAACGACAAGAGAAUCUUCGAGUACCUUCUGCAGGGCGCAAAGUCUAAGAACUCGCGACAAAGGACGGAGUGUCUGAAUCAGUGUUCGAAGAUGAUUGCGAAAAGUGGAGUCGAGGUAGCAGGACCGCCAAAACAAGGCGCGUUAAAAGAAAUCGCUGCCCACAUUGCUGACAAGGAUCAGAAUGUCCGCUCUGGAGCUAUGAAUUGCUUGGUAGAGGUUCAUCGCAUUAUUGGCGACACUGUCUAUAGUGCUAAAGUAAUAGGGCGCCUUGGCGACAAGGAGGAGUCAUAUUUGAAGGAGAGGAUAAAGCGCGCUGCACCUGCACCUAAUACAAACGAGACUGUGACGAUGCCCCCUCCGCAGGCUCCUCCCAAUUCUAGAAAGAAAGCUCGGUCACCGACACGGCGAGGAACGAUAAACAUCAACCCAGCUGAAAGUGCUCUUGCACUAAGAAACGUCGAGGAGAAAAAUGCUCAACGACCAGUCGAAGUUAAUGAGAACGCCAGAUUCAGACUUGAGCUUCCUCCGGCGGCACCAACUCGUAUCUCUCGCGUAAGGUUGAAUCCGGUCGAGUACGACGACAUUGCUGAUGACAUUGAGCCAAUGACUACACGGGACUCAUCCAAUGUAUCACCUGAAGACACUAUAACAGCCCUUGAUCAUCAACUAGGAGUCCUUUGUCUGAACGAAAAACUUCUCGAACAUUUGAUCUUCAGCUUUGGCUCUGAAAAUCAAAUGAUCAUUUCUGAAGCUCUUUGUGUGUUCGAGAAGUUUUGCGACGUUGGAAGCAAAAACAUACCUCCAGCAAAACUAGAAGAAAUCAUUCUCGCGUUGUGUCAAGCGAUCCAGAGAGCACUUCUUCCCUCUUUGCAAAAUAACAAUACAAGGAGUGUUUACAGUCUCGUGACGCAAAUCUGCGUCAUCUUUCAGAAGAUUCUGCGGCGAAAAGAACUCAUAAAACUUGUAUCUCUUUCUGCAUACUCGAACAUGAUCAUGACAAUCUUCGAUGUCAGUUGUGACAAGUCAAUCAACAACAAGGGCGAAUUCAAUCUUGGAUCACACUUGAACCAAAUUAUCCUGGAUAUCAACGAUUUUGGUUCAUACGUGAAAGUUACAUCGGCAUACUUGGAAGUCAUGUCUAUCAACCUUCAAGGGGAAACAAAAAAGCUUCAAAAGAUCUGUCGCUGUUUCUUGAAGUUCUUCCAAAAUCCAGAAGCAAAUCCAGCAGAUGGAGAUGCACUCGUUUUAGUUAUCAGAGCUCUAAGUAAAUUCUUCACGAAGUUUCCGAAGAGCAAUUCGGUUUAUCAACAGAAAGCUGCCUUCGAGACUUAUCGCCUUCUUUGUCUUUACGCUUCUCAUCUUGCCAAAACCAACGCUAGCCACAUUCGACUCCGACUUGAUCAGUUGCGCUCGGAAAUCUACAUUCCACUGCAUGAUAUUCUCCGACAACAAGUCGCCAAGGUCAAUGCUUUCGACGACAAAGAAAACCAGCCGACGCCGUUAUUCACUCAAGCGAGUCGAAUAACUGCGAAGAUAAAAACUGAGGAAACUCAUGAUGUGGGAAUGGUGGCACUGGCGGAGUUUGUCAAUCAAAAUCCGAGUUGGGACAUCAAGAAGUUCCUAAAAUCAGAAAGUAAAGGACUUCAAAAGUAUAUAAACAUGAAACUUUCACACGGACAAAGCCUGACGAACCCACCGCCAGCGGUAGAGCUCAAGUCAGACAAUUUCGAAGAGCGAGUGGAAGAACUACGUGAGCGCUUUGGAUUGAACAAGCACGAGCCCGAGUCUGUCGAGCCUUCAUCUUCUGAGCUCGAGAGCUUUGACAAGCAACCGGAGCUACUGAAGACGUCUCCCGUGAGAAACCCGGGCAUGAGUCCCGAACGCGUCGCCGAGUUUCGCAAGCGACUGACCGAACUCAAAAAGAGCAAAUGA